GCUUUUAUUGCUGUACAUUUGCAUUUGCGCUUCAUACUUUGUACACCCUCCGAUGUUCGUAGGCGUACAAAUCAAACAGGAGUGAGCAAAAGAUGAAACGUCAUUUAAUAAGGCUUACUUUACGCAGUUAGUUAACACUUGAUUUACUACAGUAGUUGUCCAAAUUCCAAUGACAACUAAAGGCACCACGCUUCCUUCACUGUCGAGUGUGGAGCAGGACUGCUCAGUCGAUCAGUGGCGAUCGAAAACGAUUUUUUAGCGCCUCCAGAAGCCGAAAACAGUUUGACAGGCAAGGCAGCGGUCGUGCAACAUCGACAUGGACGCGUCUGCUCGGAACUGCGCCACCGGCUGAGAUUGUGGUGCCUGGAAGUCAAGUCAGCAGACAGCGCGCGUAGCCCUGCCUCGCCGCCGCCUUCCAAGCAACCUCUCGCGGCCACACUCGGCCUCUCGCCCCCCCCUCCGGUGUUGGCCAAUUUCAAUGGCGGCCUCGACGGAUGCCGCCGUGGAAGACGAUGAAAGGGAGCCAUUCAACGACGCCGAACUGGCGCUGAAAGGCAUCAACAUGCUUCUUAAUAAUGGAUUCAAGGAGAGCGACAAGCUUUUCAGAGCGCACAGCCUCCAGCAAAUGUGAGUGUCGAGCUGCUGAUGCUCAAACAGCAGCUCGUGACUGCCUAAACAUCCUCAUCUUCACUAUAAUCACCUUGCACCACAGUCCUCUCAUGAGCUUCGGCGCCAGUUUUGUCAGUUUUCUGAACGCCAUGAUGACUUUUGAAGAGGAGAAGAUGCAGCAGGCGUCCGAGGACCUCAAGGCGACGGAGAGGUUGUGCGAGAGCGAAAACGCCGGUGUCAUCCAAACCCUCAAAAACAAGAUGAAGCGCUCGACGGACCCUCGAAGGUCAGGGUUGGCCGCCGUGGAACGACUCCAGAGGCAGAUCAUCAUUGCCGACUGCCAGGUUUACCUCGCCGUGCUCGCUUUCACCAAACAAGAACUCUCAGCGUACAUCAAAGGCGGCUGGAUCCUCCGCAAAGCCUGGAAAGUUUACGACAAAUGUUAUUGCGACAUCACGCAGCUGCAGGAGCGCAUCAGCGGUGGUGCCAGCAGGAGGAGGAAGAAGGCCUCCGAGCAGCAGCAGGCGGCGCCGUCCUCUGUCACGUCGAGCCCUUCCCAGCAGCCGGACGCCGUCGGCGCCGAAGACCUGGGCCGGCUGAAAGGUUCGGUCAGCUUCGGCUACGGCCUCUUCCACCUGUGCAUCUCCAUGGUGCCGCCGCACCUCCUCAAGAUCGUCAACCUGCUGGGCUUCCCCGGCGACCGUCUCCAAGGACUCUCGGCGCUGGCCUGCGCCAGCGAGAGUAAAGACAUGAAGGCCCCCUUAGCCACUUUGGCCCUCCUGUGGUACCACACGGUAGUGCAGCCCUUCUUCGCCCUGGAUGACAGCGACACCCACUCGGGCCUGGCGGAGGCCAAAGCCAUUCUUCGGCAAAGAGAGAUCAUCUACCCCAACUCGUCGCUCUUCAUGUUCUUUAAAGGCAGAGUCCAGCGUCUGGAGAGCCAGAUGAGCGCCGCCUUAACGUCCUUCGGCGACGCUUUGCGGCUGGCCGCGGAGCAGAGAGAGAUCCAGCACGUGUGUUUGUAUGAAAUCGGGUGGUGCAAUAUGAUCGAGCUGAACUACUCUGAGGCUUUCACAGCCUUUGAGCGCCUGAAGAACGAGUCUCGCUGGUCCCAGUGCUACUACGCAUAUAUGACCGCAGUUUGCCAAGGAGCCAUGGGCGACCUGCGGGGAGCCUUGGGAGUUUUCAACCAGGUCCAAAAACUCUUCAAACGCAAGAACAAUCAAAUAGAGCUUUUCUCCAUGAAGAAGGCUGAGAAGCUGAGGAUCCCCAGUCUGUCCAAGGAACUGUGCAUCCUCUCCAUCAUUGAGAUUCUUUACCUGUGGAAAGCUCUCUGCAACUCCUCCACCAGCAAAUUACACGCAAUGAUGCAAGUCCUGCAGGCUAUUGACGACGCCUCCUGCGCAGGGCUGAAAAACCUGCUUUUGGGAACAAUAAGCAAAUGCCUGCAUAGCAAUAAAGAAGCUGUUCAGUAUUUCCAGCUGGCGUUGCGCGAUGAGCUGGGCCUGCUGAGCAACUCGUACGUGCAGCCUUAUGCCUGCUACGAACUGGGCUGCAUGCUCCUCAACGACUCGGCGUCUGCAGCCAAAGGCCAUACAUUGAUGCUUCAGGCGAAGGAGGACUAUGCGGGCUAUGACUUUGAGAACAGACUUCACGUGCGGAUCCACUCGGCUCUCGCCUCCGUGCAAGCGGCAGCUCAACCUUGACAAAGCCAAAAAUUGACAAGACAAAGAUUUGAUGGCGUUUUUUGGAAAAUGAUUUCAUGUUUGGAAAAAGAAGGUUUCCUGGCCUUUGCAAUACACUGCACAUUUUUUCCCCAUGUGGAAAUGUUUUGCACGUAUUUCUUAGACUACUUUUUACAGUUCACAUGUUCAUACUUUUUAAUGUGAACCAUUUCAGUUUUCAUAUUCUUUUAAUCUAUUAAAAAGAUUUGUACUGGACAA